ACUAGACGGGACUAAGACACGGCGUGAACAGACACAGAUGUAAGGACUGUUUAUGUCACAACCAGAGGGUUAAUCAAGCACCGAACUAUGAGCAGUGUAAAUUUGAAAAUGUCUGGGAAGGCCAAGGCAUCCAAGACAACCGUGUCUCUAAAGUGAAGCUUGACAAUGUUAAGCAGCAUGAGACUCCCCAGAGGCUGUGUGGGAGUUAGAGUGACGCUUCCACUCCACCUACAGGAGUCCCCUAAGCCUCACAUGUGAUGAUGACCAAGCUUUUUCUUCAGGAUGUGAUGUUUGUGACGGAGGCUUGUUGGGUGAUGAGGCUCAUGAGUGCGCUGGUGCUGCUGCCUUUGCUUCGUGCUGAUGAUCACCUCAUCCUGCGUUACUAUGUUGCCAUGAUGAGGGUGGUGCGUCCUGUCAUGGCACACGUCUUACAACUCUACACCAAGAAUAAUGACAACUUUAAAGAGCUACUCUUUCGCCUUCCAGGAUACUCUAACACCAGAUACGGAAAAGAUUUCUAUGAAUCAGAGCAACGCCAAUUGAAUGAUAAAAUUACCAGUGAUAAUUUUGAUAUUACACUACUAUUCAAAUUGCUGCAACUUAUCUGUGGUCUGUCCCCCAAGGGAGAUGCUAAAUGGUCAACUCCAGGGACACUGGAGAACAAACUGAGACUACUAAAAAAUUACCGAAACGACUUGGCUCAUGAUGACUUAUUAUUAACUCCUGAGGACCUGCAGCAUCGGCUGUCUCAUAUUGAGGAACUUUGUCGUGAGGUGCUUGAGACAUCAGGUUGCAAAUGUGGAAGUCCCAUAACAGCUGAAGUUCGGGUGAUGGAGGAAGGGCUGGAGGAGAUAUUGACAGGAAGUAUAGACCUCUGGGAGCCAUACAGGAAGGCACUACACAACCUGCAGCAGCAACAGUGCAGCACCAUGGUAAGGGAAGGAAAGAAGGAGAUCAGGGAUGUGGCCAAGAAGCUUCGUAUCCUCAACCCAUUUGUCUGGCUCUUGGAAGACAACUUUUCUCACCUAGAUGUGGGCCACAUAUUUGUAGAUGUGUAUAUAAAAGGUCAUGAAAAUGUAAACACUUGUGAUCUUUUUACCACAACACUACCUUCAGGGGAAUAUCCAGAUACUUUAAUUAUUCAUGGUUCUCCAGGCAUAGGCAAGACAAGCCUAAUGAGGUAUCUGAUUCAUGACUGGUUGUCCACUGCACCUUCUGUACAUGGAAUUGAUAAUAUUGAUCUUGUGUUACUAGUGGAGUUGAGGCAUGUAAUGAGUACCACUGUACAGGAGUUGCUCUGUGAGGAGAUCCUUCCAAUGGCUUGCCGCCAUCUAAACUUUGAUGACGUCAUCCCAACAUUGAAGGAGGUGUCAACGCUCUGGCUGCUGGAUGGCUAUGAUGAAGCGACCCCGUCUACGAGAACACUUGUACGGGAAUUAUUCAGAAAGUUUCCCGCUUCAAAAAUCAUUAUGACUACUCGCACUGAUUGUGCCAAUGAACUUCUUCAAAUAGUUGGAGAGGCUCAUCUUUGUCAUGCAACUUAUCAUAUGAAGGGUUUAAGUCCUGGGAGUUGGAAUUUAUAUGCUGAAAAAUUGUUCUCUGUGUCAAUAGCAGAUGAAAGCUACCGACGAGCUUCUUGUAAGAGUUUUCUUCAGUUUAUGAAGGAUAAAGAGAGAAGUAUGUGGGAAAUCUUCAGUGUGCCAUUAUUUGUAGUGUUACUUGUGGUGUUGUGGCUGGAGAGUCCUUCAGCAGUCACUGAGGCCACUACAAUUACAAAGCUCUAUGAUAUUCUCAUCAGUCACAUAGUCAACAGGAUGACCAGACGCUACCAAAUCACAAAUUUACAACUCACUGAAAGUCAGGUUAGAGAUAAGAUAAAUGGCUUUCUUGAUUUACUUGGUAAUACAUUUGGAGAAAAUUCACAAAGUUAUGUGUAUGUUCUUCAGGAUUAUCAGUUAAAAGAAAUUGAAAUUUUUUGUAAUGGUUCAGGACUGCCAUUCAAGGAAUGCAUGUCACCAUUUUUCCUGGUGAUAGUGAAGGCAACAACCAUGGGCACAACAGAGGAGUAUCAGCCUCUACACCGGACAGUCCAAGAGUUCCUUGCUGCUCGAGCAUUCUGCAAUGCCAUGAUAUCCCAAGACUCUGAUGUGCUCACUAUCGCUGGUCAGUGGUUGGUGAAACACAGGAAGAAUAAAGUACAAAAUCUACCUGAAGAUGAAGUUAUGACUAGAGUGUAUAAUAAGGAAAGCUUUGUUAUAUGUAAGCUUCAUGAAGGAAGUGACUUGGUCUUUGAUGAUUAUGAAUUUGUUGGAGAUAUGUUUUCUGAGAACUGCUUUUGCCCCUAUGUCAUGGGCUAUAAUAAAAAUCAUGAGGAUGAGGAUGAGGAUCUUGGCGAGUUUGAGAGAUUCUUCUGUCGCUUAUAUUUCCAGUCUCUUUUUACAGGAAGCCUGGUAAUCCGAUUCAUCUGUGACCUUCUGAAGAUGAAUAAUGCUGUGACACAAUCUAGGGCAGAACAACUUAUAUAUGUGGCUAUAUGUGGCCAAGAUAAAAUAAGGCAGUACGGACUUUGGUUACAGCUUAUUAAUGUAGAUUCAAUAUUCCUGGAGGAACUAAAGUCACAGCUCUCCCCAUACCAGUGGAAUCCCAAACCAUCAGAACUGUUACAAGUUGGAGAUCUUUUACAGUUUGUUACUCCAGAGGCACUGCAUGUUCAUCUCUGUGAUUUAAGGAAAUUUGAUAAUGAGCAGUUCACAAGUGCACUUCGUAUAUUUUCCAGGUUUUCAGUCAAUAUUUCUCUUGAUUUGAAGAAAUUUAUGCUCAGUAUGGACAGAAAUGAUCUUGAUUUUGCAGAAGUUUGCAUUGGGAUAUUGCUGGAACAGGGAGUCUCCUGCCGCCUUACUGCUUUGGGUUGUCCACUCAGUAAAGAAAGUUUGAAGUUGCUGCAUUCUGCACGUCAUCUUGAAGACCUGUGCGUGAGGGUCGACACCUUAGAAGAUUUAAAUACUCUAGCUGAUGUAACAGACAGUCUUCAACAUCUUGCAAGCCUAUCAGUCUUCUUAAAUUUUGUUUACAUAAAUAAUCCACUAAAAAACUUCCCAAGGUUCAGAUUAAAACAGAACAUUAAACCUGAUCGCUAUAUUGCUCUUGCCCCUAGUGGAUUACCUGGUACAGGAUGUUUUAUAACCUAUAAAACACACCUUGCAGCCAUGUCUAACAUGCUCAUAUUUAAAAAACAACCUCAUAAUUGCAAAAGACCAACAUUCCCAAGCUGUAAACUUGAGAAUAAACUUGGGAAAAUAUGCAGAAGCAAAAGAAAUAAGAAGUUACACAAAUCAACAGCAGCAAUAAUUCCUUUUCCCGACCACCUUGAAGAACUGAGGACCUCAGGAGCCUGUGAGUUUUUCAUGAGAAUGUGGUCUCUGCCGUCUGCACACUGUCAACCCCUUUGUGCUAAAACUCACUUGGAUCCAAUAUUGUGUCUUGACUUGUGCUAUCAUAGACCAGCUAAGUUACCUCUGUGGACUGAACAAGAGUGGUUACAUCACCACCAGGCAAUAAAAUAUCACCAAAGGAGCAUCAAAAAGCUUCGAUCAUUUUACACCAUUUUGGUGAAAAUAAUCCAGGAGUGUUUAAAGCCAGUCAAGCAGACCACCAAGAAAUCUUUUGAUCCUCAUAUCAAACUAUUGUGCUAUGAAUUCUCUGUUAAGCAGUUGUGGAAAAGCCUCCAGGUCUUGAAUAUAUACUUACUUAAAGUAUGUGAACUAUUUAUGUAUGAACACAAGAUCAGCAUCCAACAGCAUCGUAAACUACUGACACAUGUUAGAGAACCACCAUCAUCCCUUUAUUCCUCCUCAGUUCAGUUAGCAUUCAUUAACUCAUUCCACCUAGAUGCACAAAUGUUUAGUGCUUUGGUUCAUCAGCUCUGCCCAAACCCACUGAGACUACAUAUGUUUGAUAGGUUCCUAGAUGUUAAGAAUGCUCUUGAUAUUGCCCAGUAUGUAUGGCAUAUAGGUAAAUCUUUUCCAAAUCUGCAGGCUCUCUUCAUUCGUGAAUUGAAGAGUUAUACAUUUUUACCUUCUCCUAUUAGGCACAUGGUAGACACACGAGGUGGGAGAGCAAUAACGCUGAUUGAGAAAAGUGCUCCCAAGUUUAUUUAUGAUAUCUCUGUGUCAGUUUGAAACCAGUGGAAUAGAGUAUAGUGUUUUGAUAACUGUAACAAGUGAAAUAUAGUUUUGAUAACUGUAGCAAGUGGAAUAUAGUUUUGAUAACUGUAGCAAGUGAAAUACUGUGUGGCAUUUUGAUGACUGUAACAAGUGAAAUAUAGUUUUGAUAACUGUAACAAGUGAAAUAUAGCAUUUUGAUAACUAACAAGUGAAAUACAUGUAUAGUAUAGCAUUUUGAUAACUACAUGCUUCUAAAACAGGUUGCAUCUCGUUUUUUAUGAACAGGAUAAGUUAUAGUGAAUGUUGUAGUCACUUAACUGAAAAAGGCAAAUUUAAGGUUAACUUAGGAUUAGGAAAACCCAGUGAAACAUGUAAUUCAGUUAACUGAAAUGUGAAGUGAGUGACUUUUUAGCAACACAGUAGAGUACGUGUGUCUUAAUAACUUAUACUGUAGUGUAUACAAGAGAGUAUUAAUGAGAAUUGUAAUCAGGAAAUAAAUUUAUUGAAUGUGAAGAAAAUAAAGAGAGAGAGAGAAGGAAUAUUUUUAGUACUAUAUUGUGUCGUGUUGUGUUGAGGUGGUGAGAUACCUUUGGCUUUGCUUUGUUCAGUAUUCACUUGUGAUAAAUGUUGCUUCAUAGAAUUAAGAAUAUGGUGAUAAAUAUGCCCAUGGUAUCAGCCUGUAUGAAAAAGUGUGAUGGUACCAGUGGUGUUGACAGUGAUUAGUCAUUGAUGUCACUGAGGGAUAUGACAUGACAAAUUAAUGACAAUUAACCAUUAAUAUACUGUAUUACCAAUGUUUACAUAUAUGGCAACUAUAAAGCCAUGAUUUUGAUUUUUCUGCAAUGCUUAUCAUGCUAUGUUAAAUACAGUGUCAUCAUGUGUAUUUAGAUGCUUUUCAUUUUAGUAUACUGUAUAAGAAAUACAAAUUAUGUUUUAUCAUUUAAGUAAAGAUGAAAUUUUCCUUUUGAAUUUUAUUGCACAUGUAAAUAAAAUAUAUUUGAAGUGAA